AAUAAUCCUUAAUUAACAUUAAGCUGAUUCCAAGCAAUGCAAGAAACAUCCCUAUUUUUUUACUCUCCAUCUUCAUGCAUCCCGCAUUUUUCUACCGUAGUUUCUUGCAAAAACGCUAUUAAAAUCUCAAUCCCGCACUGGUUUUUUUUGUUAAUCCAGACAAUAUGAAAAUCAAACACUUCCUCGAAGAAGAACAAUCUCCUGUUACUUCUGCCAAUGAAGCAUCCAGUACUGGUUUAUCUCAAGAAAGAACCUCGAAUGAUGAUGAUUUUUUCGCUAAAUAUCCGAAUCUCGGGUGUUUUCCGAAGGAAAUGAAUUUAAAUCCAGCAAGAAUGGUGCUGGCGGAGUUGAUGGGGACGUUUCUGUUAGUGUUCUGUAUAUGUGGAAUCGUAGCAAGUUCAGAGCUGACGAGAGGACAAGCUGGUCUUUUGGAGUAUGCAUCAACGGCAGGAUUAACGGUGAUCGUCUUGGUUUUUGCGAUUGGUCCAAUUUCUGGUGCUCAUGUUAAUCCUGCUGUUACUAUUGCAUUUGCAACUUUUGGUCAUUUUCCUUGGUCCAAGGUUCCAUUUUAUGUAGCAGCACAAAUAAUAGGAUCAAUAUUGGCAACAUAUGUGGGAAAAGGUGUAUAUGGGAUCAAACCAGAGCUUUUGGCUACACGAUCAGCCCAAGGCUGCCAAUCUGCCUUCUGGGUUGAGUUUAUUGCAACUUUCAUAUUCAUGUUUCUUAUCGCUUCAUUGAAAUACCAACCAUCUAUUGGAAAUUUGGCUGGUUUUGUAAUCGGACUCGCCAUUGGUCUAGCUGUACUUAUUACCGGGCCUGUUUCAGGAGGAUCAUUAAAUCCGGCAAGGUCGUUAGGGCCGGCAAUUGUUUGCUGGAAUUUCAAGGACAUAUGGAUAUACAUAAUUGCACCGACAACCGGAGCUAUAGCCGGAGCUCUAAUGUUUCACGUGUUACGUCUUCAAUGCCGGCCAUGUACGUCCUCUCCGAACGCAGGCCUACUUGGCCACUCCAUAGACUUCACCUAGGAGAUAAAUGUUAAUGUUCCCUUUUGAUCAUUGCAAUUUAUGUACAUAUGGUAGUGCAUCCAAAAUAAAAUUAAGCUUAUGAAUCACCUGCAAACUGUGAUUAUGACUGAAUAAUUAAUUUCUUAAUAAUGUAUUAUUGUCAUAUGCCAUGAUCAUUAAUUUAAUUUGAAAGUGAAACAUAUUCUAUGUU